AUGGAAAGCAUUCAGCGAGCGGUCGUCUUGCUGGACUCCGGGCAUGCGCAUUCAGGAUGUGAAAGAGCGGCAGCGUUUCCACCUCGGCAGACCUCCAUAGCAACCACAUCGUUGAAAAAAAAUUAUGUUGAGACCUAUCUUCACAUCUUGACCUACUCCAUCUUGCUUUUCAUUGCCGGGACGUGCGCCGGUGAUCAGUCUGGCUGCAGUUUAGGCAAUGCCGAAGAAGGGCGGAAAUCUGCAGCCAAAAGAAAAGAGGAGGAUGCAGCGCGGAAGAAAGAGCUUGAACAGAAGCAGAAGGAGGAGGCAGCCAAACAGAAGAAGGAUUUAGAGGAGAAGAGAAGGCAAGAACAAAGGUCGACCCUGGCCAUAAGAAGGGUCAUCCAAAAGAUCAGAUUAGCCUCACCCGAGACCUUCGACGAGGUUCAAAAAGAGCUUCAGGAGAUCCUCAGGGUGGAGCUGGAAAAUACUGGCAGCCAAAAGGAGCGCAUCAAAGAGGAAAGCGAGAAAGGCCUGGAGCAAGCAAGGAAAAGACUCGACAGCAUCAAAGAGCAGCGACAGAAAGAGCUAGACAAGAAGACGGCGGAGGAAAAGAAACGAUUAGAGCAGCAAGCCAAGACAGAUGAGCUCCUCAAGGAGCUGAGCGCAUUGGUGGAAACAGCCGAGACGGGUGUGACCCGAUUGAAGGAGUUGGCGGCGCCGCUGUCCGACAAGAUCGAAGACAGCGUCAAGGAGGUCGAGGCGUGCGCUCUUGCUGUGGAAGAGGCUGGCAGCGAUGCCAAGACCGCCACCAAGGCUUGCACCGACUUCAUCCUGGUCAAUGGCAACGACAUCAAAGACUCUGCACCUGUCCUGGCGAUCCCUGGCAUUCAGGCAACAGGCGAGACCAAGCAGGCUUUGGGAAAGCUCUUGCAGCGCAUCAAUGAGUGCGGCAAAACUGCCGAGUCGUUGAUCCAAGCUGCAAGAGGAGCCAAAGAGCAGGCUGUCAGGCGCGCCUUUGCCAGGCAGAAGACCAAAGAGAUGGAGGCCAUGUUUGCAAAGUACGACAAGGACAAGGACAACGUGCUGAGCCAAGUGGAGGUUGUUGCAUAUGCCAAGAAAGAGAUGUCGGUGAACGUAGACAAGGCCCUGCUCGAGAAAGUCUGGAAAUGCACUGUGGACGCUGACGAGAAGGGUGUAGUUUUCGAGAAGAUGUCCUUGUUGAACGCCUCCAUCGGCAUCGCGCGGGAGAUGCAAAGAAACGAGCGCCGCAAAGCAGCGCGGAUAGCAAAGGAGCGGGUUCUGGCAGGGCUUCGGGAGAAGGUGAGGGCCAAAGUUCGUGAGGCAGAGCGCUUCGCAAUGGAGUUCGAGAAGGAGCUCCGGGCAACAGAGAAGGUCGUAGCUCCUUUGUUUGCCAAGGCCAAGACGUCUCCCUUUCUUGAAAUGGAGGAGGAUGCAGACCAUUGCGACAGCUUGGUCAAGGCUUGCAGAGCGACGGAGGAGAAGAUGCUGCAGCGGGUAAAAUCCAUUCCGCUUGGCUUCGAUAAGAAGUACGAGGACGACCUGAGGGAGUUCGUCAAGAUUGAGACGAAGCCCUUGGAGUCUCGAAUGGGUCGUGCGGACCUGCGCCUUGCAAGAGCUGCUAACCUCAGCAGGCGGCACCGUGAGCAGGGCUGGCGCAGAAGGGCACAGGAGAUGGAGGUUAUCCGCAGCUUUGCCAUGAAGGUGGCACGCCAAUUUGCCAGACUCAACAAAUUGACCUACGAGGAGCUCUUUGGCCACGUAGACUCGGAUGGUGAUGGAGCUCUGGAUGAGGAGGAGUUCAUCUCGUUCUUCUCCGCGAUCGACAAGGAUGUCAAGGAAGAGGAAUUUGAGCCCGAAGAGGUCGUGGCGGAGGAAGAGCCCGAAAAGCCGGUGCAGGUGAAUGCAUUGGAGGAAGCCGACAACGAUGGAGUAGAGGACACGAACGUGACGAACUCCAUCAAUGUAGGCACUGCGCUGGACCAGGCCCCGCUUCUGCAGGAGGCUGCAAGCCGCUUGCAAGCGAUAGCGGCCAUCAUGCUGCAAGCGACCCCCAAGCCGAAGCCGAAGCCGAAGCCCGUGGCAAAGGCAGAACUGACCUCGGAAGAGCUGAAAAGUCUCUUCCGAAACCUCCUGGAGCCGCACGAAGUGAAGAUCUCUCGCGAGGUCUUUCUUCGUAUAGUCAAGGUGUACUACAAAGUUGUGAAGGAGACACCAAUGACGGAGAAGUUAGAGGUCAACGGCAGCCAGACUGUCCACCAACUCAAAGUUGGCGAGAUCUUGGAAAUGCUCGAGGGCCCCGAAAAGGAGACUUCCUUGAAGGUCUUUCGUGCCAGGGGGAAGGUGGUCGGGGAUGAAAACGACAAGGAAGGCUGGGUUACCAUUGCAGGCAACCAGGGCACAAUUUUCCUUCAAGAGGGGGGUCACCUGUGGAAGGUCCUCAGGCAAAGUGAGCUCUCUGAAACUUUUGAGGACACCCAGCCAAAGGCAGGUGUCCGAAAAGUCAAGGAGGGGGAGGUGUUAGAGGUUCUGACCUGGCCAAAGAAAGAUGAGGAGUCUGGCCUGAAACGGCUGCGAGUCAGGGCGAAGAUGGAUGGAGCGAUCGGGUGGAUAACUCAGAUCAACAAGGAUGGCACCGUUCUUGCCGAUCCUAUCUGA